UGACCAUCGGAGCAACAUCAGCAGGGACCAAAACUAAUUAUAGCACACGCCCCAGCUUUAUAACAGUUCAUGUUUCAGGUAUUAUGGCUCGGGAAUGAUCUCUUACCAGAAUAGCAUGAGACAAACAAGGAAACACAAUCUUUAAAUCCUUUGAAAAGUAAAGAGCAAACAUACAAGAGCCACACACAGAGAGAGCAGCGACAGGAGGGAACACAGGAGACACUCAUCGGCUGAAAUGAAGACUUUCUGAACACUUUCUGGAGUAAAAGCAAGACCGACUGGACUCUUUAUUCUGAGGAAGCGGGUGUUGGCAGCUUCCCUCGACGAGCGCAAAUGGCUUCUCGGCCAAAAGAGGAUCUCCGGUGUCCUGUGUGCCAUGACAUCUUUAAAAACCCUGUCAUCCUGUCGUGCAGCCACACUUUCUGCAAAGCCUGCUGGCAUCAGUGGUGGACACAGGGAUCAAACCACAGGUGCCCUUUAUGUAACACACCAUCCCAACAAUUUGAUCCACCCUGUAACUUGGCACUGAAGAACUUGUGUGAAGCGUUACUGCGGGAAACCCAGGAGAAACGCCCAGCAGUGUUCUGCAGUCUGCACUCUGAGGAGCUCAAGCUCUUCUGUGAGGACCAUCAGCAGCCGGUGUGUGUGAUCUGUCUGCAUUCAAGUCUUCACAACAACCACAGAUUUAGUCCCAUAGCUGAAAUUGCACCGGUUUACAGAGAGGAUCUACGAGAACACGUGAAGCCCCUACAAGCAAAACUGGAUGUCUUCAAUGACAUUAAAGGAAACUUUGAUCAGACCGCCAAGGACAUCGAAGUUCAGGCUAAAGACGCGGAGAGACAGAUCAAUGCAGAGUUCUCGAUGCUUCAGAAGUUACUCCAAGAAGAACAGAAAGCAAGAAUCCUUGCACUGAUGGAGGAAAAGAAAAACAAGAGCCUGGUCAUGAAGAGGAGGAGUGAGGAUCUGAGCCGAGACAUAGCAGCUCUUUCAAAAACAGUCAGAGCCACAGAGGAAGUGCUGAACACUGAGAAUCUGUCAUUCCUGCAGAACUACAAGACUGCAGCUGAAGUAGUCAAUGGUGUCAAGUGGAAAGAUCCACAGCCGAUCAAUGGAGGUCUGAUAGAUACGACCAAACACCUGGACAACCUGCCCUACGCAGUCUUGGACAAAAUGAAGAAAGCAAUCCAAAAUUCAAGAACAAAUCCAGAACCGAUCUUGCGCCUUCCGAGAAUGGAAAGAAGCUUUGGCAACAAUAAUGCAAUCAAGAUUGAAUUGAAGUCCAGGCUGUAUACUCCCGCAUAUGAAUAUUUGGAUGGAAUACUUAGAGAAUAAUUAAGACCUCCUUCAAGAUCCAAAUCUGCUGAGGAAUCCAUAAGGGAUUUUCCCAGGGAUAGAUUUGAUGUGAGAAGUUUAGCUUUAAAACAUUAAUGAAACAGCAGACAAAAAUGUAUAUAUUUAACUAUUUGUUUGGUGUAGUUUAAUAGAUUUACAGAAAGAUCUGUUGUUAGAGCUCCUAAGAUUUUCUCAAUUCAACAAAAUUCAGUUCAGGGUUUCUAUUUCCUCUGCUGAAGUCUCUUUUAUUAGUUGAAUACAAAGAGCGUUUAUUAGACAGGCAAUAUAAUAAGAUAAUAAUAAUAAAGUUUUGUUUUUAUUACACUUUUUUACAGCAGGUGCAGCUCACAUUUAAAUCAACAACGAUAAAUUCCUCUCAGAUCAGAUGUUAAGACACCUGCAGCAACAUAGUGAUUCAACGUGUUAAGACACAAGGAGGUAAAAGGUAUGAUAAUAAAAACAACAAAUUAGAUAACGACUCCUCUCGUUAAAAAAAGGCAGACAAAAGACAAAAUAAAUCAAUACAACUAAAUAUAUAAAAACCUAUCAAAUAAUCAUGUAUUCAUAAUAAAAUAAUAGCGAUGUAAACUUAUUGAUUUCCACAGUUUAGGAGCGUAGCAGAUCAAAGCCAUCGCCCAUCUUAUUGUGGGGGAAUUUAGGGAUAUUUAAAAAGCCGGAUGAGGAGGAUCUCAAGGCUUGCUGAGAUAUGUGCCAAACCAUUAAGUGCUUUAUAAACCAGUAACAUAAUUAUAUCCUGCUCUGCUAAUGAAUCAUUCUGGAGAGCAGUUUGUCUUCAGAUAUUUUCGGUGAUUAGUAAACUACAUAUAUUUGUGUGCUGUGCAAUGAUUGGAUGAAAACACACCUGAGAAUGACCUGAUUCAUUAAAGUGAUUUUUGGAGUGAA